UUCUACUCUUCGGAUCCGCCUAUGGAGUGGUCGAAUCGGAUCCACACAGCGCGACUGUCCGGCGUUGGCGGCGCACUGGCGAUGGGAUGUGCGGGGCUGCGGGUCUGCUGGAGGUUCUCGCGCGCCGCCCCCUCCCGUGCACUCGCACAGGGGCCUGCUUCUCCCGCCGCCGCGAGCGCGACUCAGCCUUGUCGCUCGAUGGAGAGAGCUGCUGGUUUCAGAAAGCCAACUUCACGAGUCAUGGCCAUGGUAGUGUCUUCUGUGCUUUGCUUGUGUCUUUUCCUGAUGUAUACCAGUGUAUCUUAAUAGCAGUGCUUGUUCCCUUUCUCAAUUGCUGUCAUGCGAGUGAAAGUGAAACUGGGAGAGAAGGGAGCAAACCGGCUGACAUGCAUCCGGUUGUGUAGCUGUCAUGGUAUAAAAAAAAUGUGGUUGUCAUGGUAAAGAUUUUCCACACCACUACAGACAUACCUCUUACUUUCCUGGCUUAGAAAGGGUCAAAAUAACCAAGAUGGAAGUUGAUGGCCGGCAAUUUGGUGUCUAUUCCAAGCCUAGACAGUCUGAUUGGGACGACAAGCUGUACUUUAAUCCAGAGUGGGAGAAAGUUUGAUUUGGUUAGGUUGUUUUUUCUCACUGGAACUGUGACCACUUGAUCUAGGACCAUUUUCAUUAUAAGUUGAAUAAUAAUCAACAUGAUAUGUUUUUUCCCAUUAUGCCAUGCAUAUAAGAUCAAAGCUAAGUAAGUUUGGUGGCUAAUUCCAAGCCUAGUCAGCCUGAUUGGGACGACAAGCUGUACUUUAAUCCAGAGUGGGAGAAAGUUUGAUUCAGUGAGGUUGUUUGUUCUCUACUGGAACUGUGACCACCUGAUCUAGGACCAUUUUCAUCAUAAGUUGAAUAAUAAUCAACAUGAUAUUUUUUUUCCAUCAUGCCAUGCAUAUAAGAUCAGAAUAUGGGAGUGAUCACAAGUGACAGUAUUCUCAUGCCCACAAACAAUGGAAGCUUCCAGUUUCAUCUUCCUCGUACUAAACCUUCACAUUCUGUGCUCACUUUCCCUUCUCGUCCCAACAAAAUCAGCAUCCAACGAAACCGACCUAUCAGCACUUCUAUCCUUCAAGGCUCUUGUAUCAGGUGAUCCUCUGGAUAUACUGUCCUAUUGGAACGGCUCUGUCCACCACUGCCAGUGGCCAGGAAUCAGGUGCGGCCUCCACCAUCCUGAUCGAGUUACUUCUCUUGUUCUGAACUCCAGCCAUCUUUCAGGUCAGAUAUCUCCAGCUUUGUCCAACCUCACCUUUCUUGCUGAGCUAAGCCUCUCAGAUAACCAGUUCACCGGAAUUAUGCCGGAAGAGCUCGGGAAGCUGACUAGACUGCGCUCCAUCGAUCUGUCUGGCAACGCCCUCGGUGGCUAUAUACCAUCAACUCUUGGAAACUGCACCAAACUACUCCAUAUUAACCUCUGGAAGAAUAAUUUGCAGGGUACAAUCCCUUCUAGCCUUGGAUUAUGUAAGGACCUUGUCUCCCUGGUGUUAACCUCUAAUAACCUCGUAGGAAACAUCCCACCAAUCCUUGGUAAUCUGACUAGUUUGCUAUUAUUUCGUCUGGAUGUGAACAAUCUGACUGGUUCCAUCCCAUCUUCUCUUGGACAGCUCCGUGUCCUUCGAACCAUUUGUGUGAACGACAAUCUCCUUUCCGGUGAGAUACCGCGUUCCUUGUACAACAUUUCAUCUAUGGAGACCUUUCAACUAGCCUACAACAACCUCCAAGGUAGUCUUCCUUCUGAUAUUGGUGCUUCGUUUCCAAACUUGGUUGCUCUAGUGCUAUUUGCGAACCAACUUCAUGGGCAAAUCCCGGAUUCCAUAUCCAACUGUUCCUACUUAUAUUCGAUUGCGACUGCUAGUAACAAAUUCACAGGCCUAAUACCUUCUAGUUUAGGAAGCUUGCAAAACCUUGAGGUAAUUGCUGUUUCUGACAAUCUACUUGAGGCCAAGACAACCAGAGACUGGGGAUUUAUUGACCAGUUAGGAAAUUGCACAGAGUUGCAAGUGUUGGAUCUCGGGUAUAACCAAUUUCAAGGAAUGAUACCCAUCUCCAUAGGGAAUCUUUCGACUAGUCUUUAUUUUCUUAGUUUGGGAAAUAAUGGAAUUUCAGGAAGCAUCCCUGCUAUUAUUGGCAACCUAGUUGGUCUGACUAGAAUUCAGCUAGACAGCAUGCUACUUAGUGGCCCAAUACCCCACGAAAUUGGCAAGCUCUGGAUACUCGAGCUAAUAGAUCUGUCAAAUAACACCAUAUCUGGGGAAAUCCCACCGAUAUUUACAAACCUUACCCGGAUGAGUAGACUCUUUCUCCAAAACAAUGAACUUCAAGGAAAUAUACCGGAGCAGAUGAGUCAUAUGCAAUCACUAGAAUCCAUGAACCUUUCAGAUAACAAAUUGGUAGGUAAUAUUCCAAAUGAAAUAAUGUUUCAGUCCCUUUCAAUAGCCUUAGAUUUGUCAAAUAAUUAUCUCAGCGGUGCAUUGCCACUGGAAAUCAGUAAGCUGAAGAACAUACAGACUGUCAUUCUAUCAAAUAACAACCUAUCCGGUGAAAUUCCGAGCACCAUUGAUGGUUGUGAGGUGUUACAAGCACUUUAUCUUGACAGGAACAUGUUUGAUGGGUCCUUGCCAUCCUCUUUUGGUAACAUGAGAUCCUUGCAAGUGCUUGAUCUAUCCCACAAUUCUUUUUCUGGUGAAUUACCAGAUUCCAUAAAUUAUAUGAAGCUCCAACAUCUGAAUAUUUCUUACAACAAUUUUGAGGGAGAACUACCCAAGGGAGGAGUAUUCCAAAAUAUUACCGCAGUUGAUGUACGAGGAAAUCCUGAUCUUUGUGGUGGAAUACCACAAAUGAAGCUACAGAGAUGUGUCACGCGUAUCCAAGAACACAAAAGGAAUUACCAGAGAAUAAUUAUAAUUGUAGUUUCCACGAUCGGUGCAUUUGCAUGCUUGUGCAUGGCCAUAUGUUUCUUUGCACGUCGAUAUUGCAGAAGAACACAUAACAAUGCAAAAUCAAGUCAUGGCAUGCAGUUUGAACACAAGAGGGUGUCCUACAAUGACAUUUUCAAAGCUACAGAUGGUUUCUCUUUGGAUAAUCUAGUCGGAAGGGGCGCAUUUGGAACAGUAUACAAAGCCACCAUGAACUUGGAAACUCCAGCUAUCGUUGCCAUAAAGGUCCUAGACCUUCAAAACCAAGCUGGUUCUAAGACAUUCUUGACUGAAUGCAAGGCACUGAGAAAUAUACGACAUAGAAACCUUGUUAAGGUUUUGAGCUCAUGUUCCAGUAUCGAUCACAAUGGUACCGAUUUCAAGGCAUUGAUUUUUGAGUUCAUGCCGAAUGGAAGUCUCGAGACUUGGUUACAUCCUACAGCAUGUACUGCUCGACCAUUUGAAGCUCUAAGCCUUACCCAGAGGAUGGACAUAGCAAUUGAUGUUGCCACAGCAUUAGAUUAUCUCCACCACCAUGGUACAGUGCCUAUUGUGCAUUGUGAUUUGAAGCCUAGCAAUGUUCUUUUGGACAGUGAAAUGAUUGCACAUGUGGGUGAUUUUGGAUUAGCAAAGUUCUUGGUUCAACGAGAUAUCAUGAUUUCUCAUUCGGCAAUAAGCACUGGGAUUAGGGGUACUAUUGGCUACAUUCCCCCAGAAUAUGGCAUGGGGGCUCAAGCAUCUGUGCAGGGCGACGUAUAUAGCUAUGGAAUUCUUCUGCUCGAGAUAUUCACUGGAAUGAGUCCAACUGAUGAACAAUUUUUAGAUGGGAUGAGCCUUCCGAAGCUGGUUGAGAGUUCUUUUCCUGAGAGUAUUAUGGAAAUAGUUGAUCAAAACUUGUUCUUGACUAAUGGAGGAAAACAAACGGGAGACUAUACCCAUGAACUUGACGGUAUCCAUCAAUGUUUGCUCACAGUGAUAGAGAGCGGACUCAUGUGCUGCAAGGAGCUUCCAAGUGAUCGCAUAGACAUACAUGAUUUUGUCAAAGAGCUAAACUCAGCAAAAGAGAAGCUGCUGGGAUGAGACAAUUGUGCUGAGUGCUGAGUGUUUCGCAACAUGUAUCCCUUAUCCUCCUUCUGCAGUUUUUUGUAUAGUACUAGAGCAGUUAGCUAGCUCUGCACCGGUGGUUCAUGCCAUGAUCCAGCAACUUUGUUGUUUCGGAUAUUAUAUACACUACUCAUAAACCCAUACAC